CCCGAACGGUCAAUCCGUGAUAUUUAAUCGCCUGCGGUUUGACUCGCUGUGCGGCCGCCGAAUCUAGUAAGAUGCUUUCCAUAUCGGGAGGUUGUGGCGGGUGACGUAGCGAAGCGACGAAAUAUGUCGUCUUAGACUCUUAGCCACAUGCGUUCGUCAUGGGUGAAGUCAUGGUGCGCACGCCCGUUUGCGUCUCGAGACGGGUAUAAGAGGAGCGUCGCCGUGCAGUCUACCCCCAACACAACUUGACCACUUCCCACAACUACCAAUCGAACGUACCCGUCUCAACACCGCCUUCAUACAUCAUGUCCCUCCCAACCCGUGUCGUCGGUGGUCACAAGGCUGCCCUCAACAACCCCAACGUCUCCGACGAGGCGAAGCAGCACUCCCGUCAAGUAGUCGACGAGCUCGACGAUGCUCCUGAGACCGAGGAGGCUCGCCAGGGCUACCAGGAGGACAAGGACCAGACGCGCGUCAACGCUGGCUACAAAGCUACGCUGAAGAACCCGAACGUCAGCGAGGAGGCGAAGGACCACGCGCGCGACUUCUUGGAGAGCAAGAACGCUAUCUAGGCUUGCUCUCCCCGACGUCCAUUCUUGUCGACCACUGUGGAAACUAGGGUAGAUUCAGAUAAUAUGUAAACUGUAUGGCUUCCAUUGACGUCAGUCGCUGUUGUGUACGAUCAAUUCGAAGAUGUUGUAAUCCAUGACUCACUCAGCGUACAUAGCAAGUGAUACGAGCAUUCAAUGAGUACGAAGUCAUUACGCGAAGGAUCAGUC